UGGUAGGUCAACAUCACACACUCCACUCCGGCUGCAUUGACCCACACAACUAUCAGCUCCAACUCGUUCUGCUGGUAUUUAUCAAACACAAUCAAGCUUUAAUGUGGCUCAGCGAUAUGUGUGUGUGCGUAUAUAGAAUAGGGAAGUGAUAAAAAGGAUCCUGCCUAUUAAAUGCCAGGAUCACGAACACACACACACUUGUUCAGGGUUUAUAUUGCUCUGCUGUAACACACUUAGAUCAAACCAGGGGACAGGAGAAAGACAGCGCGGUGGUGUCCCUAUGAGGCAGUGACUUGUGCGCGUGUUUUUGACUGAGGAGCGCCUCUCGGUGGCCAAGCCAUGCAGAUGCAGGAUCUGAUUUGGCAGUUCCGGGUGCCCGAACUGGGUGAUUUCAGGCAAUAUGUGCGUAGUCUGCCUACUAACACUCUAAUGGGCAUGGGUGCGUUCGCCGCCAUCACCACCUACUGGCUCGCCACCCGACCGCGAGCCCUGAAGCCCCCCUGCGACCUCGCCAUGCAGUCUGUGGAGAUCGAGGGUGGUGAACACGUUCGCCGUUCCACCCUCCUGGACAGCGACAGGUUGAUGACACACUUCUACGAUGACGCACGGACCAUGUACGAGGUGUUCCUGCGUGGAAUCCGGGUGUCCAAUAAUGGUCCUUGCUUGGGAUCAAGAAGAGCUAAGCAGCCGUAUGAAUGGCUCUCGUACAAAGAGGUCGCAUUGAGAGCCGAGAUGAUUGGCUCUGCGUUGCUCCACAGAGGUCACAGUAAAGCAGGAGACAAAUACAUUGGUAUCUUCUCCCAGAACAGACCUGAGUGGACUAUAUCGGAGCUGGCUUGCUACACCUACUCACUGGUGGCUGUUCCGCUGUAUGACACACUGGGCAAAGAUGCCAUCAGCUACAUCAUAGACAAAGCUGAGAUCUCGACGGUGAUCUGUGACGUGGUGGAGAAGGUGCACACGCUGCUGGAGUGUGUGUCGGGUCGAAAGCACAGCAUCAGGACCAUCGUACUGAUGGAGGACAUGGACAGUGAGCUCACUUCACAAGCAGAAAAGGAGGGCAUCCAGGUCAUCAGCCUGAGGAUACUGGAGUCUCUCGGCAAAGCCAAUCACAGACGCCCUGUGCCUCCUGAACCUGAGGACCUCGCGCUGAUCUGCUUCACAAGUGGAACCACAGGGAAUCCGAAAGGUGCUUUACUCACCCACGGCAACGUCAUCUCCAACUGCGCCGCCUUCAUCCGCAUCACCCAGGAAAAGAUAAAGAUGAAUCGUCGUGACAUUAUCAUCUCCUUCUUGCCUCUUGCUCACACGUUUGAGAGAGUGAUGGAGAUUGUGAUCCUCGUGCACGGAGCGAGGAUCGGUUACUUUCAGGGCGACAUCCGGAUGCUGAUGGACGAUCUGAAGACACUGAAACCGACCAUUUUCCCCGUCGUACCCCGACUCCUUAACCGCAUGUUCGACAAGAUCUUCGGGCAGGCAAACACGCCGCUGAAACGCUGGCUGCUCGACUUCGCCACCAGGAGGAAAGAGUCGGAACUGCGCAGCGGCGUGGUGAGGAAGGACAGCAUGUGGGACAAACUCAUCUUCAACAAAGUGCAGGUGAGCCUGGGUGGGCGUGUGAGGCUGAUGAUCACCGGCGCCGCGCCCGUUUCCCCUACAGUGCUGACGUUCCUGAGGGCCGCCCUCGGCUGCCAGUUUUAUGAAGGUUAUGGACAGACCGAGUGCACUGCAGGAUGCUCCAUGUCUCUGCCAGGAGACUGGACGGCAGGUCACGUGGGACCUCCUUUACCGUGUAAUUAUAUUAAACUGAUAGACGUGGCAGAGAUGAGCUACUACGCGGACAACGGUGAGGGGGAGGUGUGUGUAAAAGGACCGAACGUCUUCCAGGGAUAUCUGAAAGAUCCGGAGAAGACUGCGGAGGCCAUCGAUAAAGACGGCUGGCUGCACACGGGUGACAUCGGCAAAUGGCUUCCGAAUGGCACUCUGAAGAUCAUAGACAGGAAGAAGCACAUCUUUAAGCUGGCUCAGGGCGAGUACAUCGCUCCCGAGAAGAUCGAGAACGUCUACAUUCACAGCGACCCCGUGGCUCAGGUCUUCGUCCAUGGAGAGAGUCUGCAGUCGUGUUUAGUGGGGAUUGUAGUACCAGACCCUGACAUGCUUCCAGGAUGGGCGAAGAAAAGAGGACUCGUGGGAUCCUACCUCGAGCUGUGCAAGAGCAAGGAAGUGAAAAACGCCAUUUUAGAGGACAUGCUGCGGUUAGGGCAGGAGGGAGGCCUGAAGUCCUUCGAGCAGGUGAGAGACAUCGCCGUGAGCCCUGUGCUGUUCUCCGUGCAGAACGGCCUCCUCACGCCCACCCUGAAGGCUAAGAGAACCGAGCUGAGGAACCACUUCAAAGAACAAAUCGCUCAGCUUUACGCCAAGAUCAGGAUGUAGGCACAAACUCAGAAGGUGGAGAAAGCCGGAGAGGAAGAGGACGAGGAGUGGGAGUGGGGUGGGACAUGAUUGGAAACUUUCUUAAAACCCAUCAGCUCCUAAUUAAGUGCAGUUAUAAUGAUGUCCACUUGGUGGCGCUAUCCAAAAACACUCCAGCCUAUGGUAUUUAGGUAACCAGUGUGAUUUUUAUUAUAUACAAUGCCUUCAGGCCGGUAAAGGCCUUCCGUCCAUCAAAAAAAAAAAUUGCAGGAACAGAUAAAAGGUAAAAAUGCACCUAAACUUAAAAAAAUAAUAAAAAAUUCACUCCAGUUUAAAAAUGUUUAUUUUUUUUCUCCAAAGCUGUUGCUUUAAAAUGUCCUUUUAUUGAAAUCAAUACUCUAAUUAAAUUCUACCUUUCGGUUGAUCGAUUUUUCAAAAUUUCUGUAAUAUCUUUAAAAACUGUAUUAGUUUAGUCGUUAGCUUGUGUACGCUGGUUGAUCUACCUGCUGAGUCGCGCUGGUCUCUUUCUCUGUGCCAUGUGCUGAUUGUACAGUAUACAAAACAUUUCUGUGUAGUGCCAAAGACGUGACAUCACCACGUCAGAUUACAUUUGUAGCGUUGACGCAAACCUUUUUUUUUUUUUUGUCAUGAAUAGUUAAAACUCAAACAUGAUUUUAUUAUAUUUUAGAGCCGGACAUAUUUUCCAUGUGACACGUUUUAAACGAAGGGGGAAAAAUCCGUCCUUUAUUAUUUGGUUGUGGGGAAAUAAUCAAUGUUAGGAAGUUGAUUAUUUGUUCUAACAUGUUCCGAAAUGUGUUUUAUUCCUUUUACACCGCAGCAGUUUAAUUAAUCACAACAUACCCUUUAUAUAUUUAUACUUUGGUUUGACGUUCAUGGAGCAGCCGUAACACUAGUUAGUUCCUGUUCUGGAUAUGUUAUAGCUGUUAGUUUCCUUUCUCUUUAGAAGACAAAAACAAGCAGACUGUAAGAAGCACAAACUCCUGAACGGCAUUUUAAUCCGUUAGCGCGGAUCGCUUGUCGUACACGUCAUCACAAAACUAUAGAAACGCAUUAGAACAAGUACAUAGCUGCACUGAUCUGAUGUUUUAGAUGAAGUUCAUUUCAAUCAAACGCUUAUCUAACAUGCCUAAGCAGGGUAUAAGUUUUAGAUACAUUUAUCUGAGACAUUGGUUCAUUAAGAAAAAAAAAAUCUAAAGUUGCAAGUAAAUAACGCUGCCGCUUCUGUUCUACGAAAUGUUUUGUACAGAUCUAUUUAUGUUCUAAAUAUAUAUAUUUUGUGUAUAACAAUUGCAGUACUGUAACAGUCUUUGUGAAAUAAAUUAAUGUAUUGCA